UACAAUACACGUUGAAAUGCACUAGUGGAAAGAUCUGUUAUUGCUGUGAAAAAUACGAACAUUUUUGAGGAAAUUAUGCUAUAUAACUGCCUGUUGGUCAUUAUAAAGAAUCGUGUUUAUCUCGAAGAUAGCUACGACCUGUUGAAUUAAAUAAAACCGAAUUCAAUGAAACGUAUGGGAAUAAAUUUGAGGUUAUGAUUGAGAAAUAUAAAUACCAGAAUAAAUUGUAUAAAAUGAAGAGAUUCAUGCUCGAAUAGGUGUCUGAAAAUUGGUUUUAUACAUAUAUAUAGAUGUAAAGAGACUAUUUAUCGAUGAGGUAUGCCUCGGCCCCAGUAUAUAAAAACUUGCCUGAAAAUUAUUAAACAGUUAUGUCCGUUAGUGACGUUAAUGUCCACUGUAUUUGUCAUUGCAAUUACAAUUUACAUCAAUGAGAAAGUCUCGCCAGUCUUCGUCUUUCUCUGCAUGCAAGUAUAUCUCAACUGGUAUUCGGUGUACAGCAUCAGCUGUAAGUCGAAUCCGAUGAAGGUCAAGGAGAUACAGAAUAAUUUGUGCAGCGUGAUCACUCAACAGCGUAAGGUCGAACAGACCAACAGUAUGCAAUUGCCGACUCAUAACACGACCUACAAGUUUUGGCACUGCGAGAAGUGUCAAAGUUACAUGUGUAAACCAACACAGCACUGCACAUUCUGUAAGAAGUGCUUUCACUUCAAGGAUCAUCAUUGUUUCUUCCUGGGUGCCUGCAUACUUCGCCAGAACAUGGGCAACUUUAUCCUAUUUUGUUUCUACACCUCGCUAACAUGCUUGUACUCCCUGUGUGUGCUGGGUCCAUACAUGUACGAGAACAUUAAUCAUAUAGUGAAGAGCGACGCGGAUUACUUCAAUAUAUUCCUGAACUUUGGUUUUCCUAUUGCCUUGGCGAGACUGCUGCGUUCUAGAGAUAGUUCAAGCAUAUUUUUAGUCACGAUAUUUGAUACGCUGAUGUCGAUCUUGUGUAUCUGUUUGGUAUUCGGUAUAUGGAAGUUGCACAGUUGUUUAACCGGCAAACAACGUUAUGUUAAUGUAACAGGAAGACAAAAUCUGAAGGAGAUCUUUGGAAGUUACGGUCUAUCGAAUAUUAUCUUUCCAUACAACGGUCUCGUAGGCACGCGAGAUAUCAAUGGCAAGUACGAAUUAAAGGAAGUAUGAGACUAGUAAAAUAAACAAUGAACUAAUUAAAUCUAACACACAUAUUUCUUUAUUAUGUACUUACGUAGCAAUAAAUAUAGUCAUAUGUACAAUAUACUUAUGCAUUCAUACAUGACAGAGAACACAGAUAUGAGCGUAUUUUAUAAUUAUCGAAUAUUCUAGGAUAUUAAUGAAAUCUAUAGAUAGAUAUCUUUCCUUAACGGUUUUUGCAUACCACUUUUCAUACGUAAGUAGCGGAAGUAUUCUUGUAAUGCGUAAAUUCAGAUCGUGUAAUAAAUAAUUCGCGUAUUUUCCUUAUAUAAUUAAUUCAGAAAUUAAUGUUUGUUGAGGCUAAGUUAAUAUGUGUAAAUAGAUAUUCUAUAUAAAACAUAUUGUUUG